ACAACACAACAUUAUAUCAUGUCACUCAAUCUAAGUAGAGGCGAUCCAAACUCGUCAACACUGAACCUGUCAGCAUCUUCACCGCUGGCUUCAUCAUCAAGCUCAGCAUACUCUACUCCAGACAAUGUAUCACUAUUCGACAUUGGAUGGGAGGUGGCCAAGAAGGUCGGUGGUAUCUACACAGUACUAAAGUCAAAGUCACCAAUUACUGUUGAAGAGUUUAGAACUAGAUAUGCUUUGAUCGGUCCUUAUAAUGCAGAGACUGCAGCAACAGAGUUUGAACCAUUGGUACCAAGUGAACAGGCUCAUUUGGUGAUAGAGAGUAUGAUGAGAAAGUAUGGCAUUCAGAUAUAUUAUGGUCAGUGGCUCAUUGAUAGCUAUCCAAAGGUGUUCCUGAUCGACUUGCGAAGCAGCUUUCAUAAGCUUGGCGAGUGGAGAUGGGAUCUAAUGGCUGGGUUCGAGCAGCCCAAUGACAACGAGACCAACGAGUCUGUAAUAUUUGGCUAUCAGGUGGCGCUGCUGCUCAAAGAGUUUGCAGACAUGAACACCGAUCACCGCUACAUUGCCCACUUCCACGAGUGGCAGGCAUCGGUCGGCCUCAUCCUGUUGCGCAAGUGGAAGGUAUCCGUCGCCACCAUCUUCACGACGCACGCCACCCUGCUGGGUCGCUACCUGAGCGCUGGUGGUGUUGACCUCUACAAUCAAAUGCAAUACCUAAACAUGGACUUUGAAGCAUCGAAGCGAGGCAUCUACCAUCGUCAUUGGAUCGAGAAGAAGUCGGCCAACGAGGCACAUGUCUUUACAACGGUAUCAGAGAUCACUGCGUACGAGUCCGAGGCAGUACUACACCGCAAGGCUGAUGUCAUCCUUCCCAACGGUCUCACCCUUGACAAGUUCACAGCCCUUCACGAGUUCCAGAACCUCCAUGCCAAGUACAAGAACGUACUUCAAGAGUUUGUCCGUGGUCACUUCUAUGGCCAUUAUGACUUUGAUCUGGACAACACUUUGUACUUCUUCACGGCUGGACGAUUCGAGUUCUUUAACAAGGGUGUGGACAUGUACCUGGACGCUCUGGCGGGCUUGAAUAAGUUGCUUCAACAAUCUGGCUCAACAUUGACUGUUGUAGCAUUCAUUAUCAUGCCUGGAAAGACAAACAACUUCAAUGUUGAGUCACUCAAGGGUCAAUCAUAUCUCAAGGAUAUGAGGAGGACGUGUAACUCCAUCGUGGAGUCAGUUGGUGAACGUCUGUUCGAGGCCACCUCACGUGGAAAGAUCCUCUCGAAUGACGAACUGCUCACUCAAGAGGAGUUGGUCAAGCUCAAGAGAAGGAUAUACGCAUUGAAGCAACGCCCAUCUCUUCCACCAAUCGUCACACACAACAUGGUCGACGAUGGCAAUGAGCCAGUGUUGAAUCACAUUCGUAAGCUACGUCUAUUCAAUCAUCCAGAUGACCGUGUCAAGAUCAUAUACCAUCCAGAGUUCCUCAACUCUACCAAUCCACUCAUCCCACUGGACUACACAGAGUUUGUCAGAGGUUGUCAUCUUGGAAUAUUCGCUUCAUACUAUGAGCCAUGGGGAUACACACCAGCAGAGUGCACUGUACUUGGAGUACCAUCGGUCACUAGUAAUCUUACUGGUUUUGCCAACUUUAUGAGAAGAGGUCUGUCUGAUCCAGACUCCAGGGGCAUUUACAUUGUAGACAGAAGGUUCAAGUCGCCACAAGAGUCUGUCGAUCAGAUGACACAAUACUUGUGGAAGUUCUGCCAAAUGGAUAGAAGGCAAAGGAUUGAGCUACGUAACAGGACAGAGAAGUUGUCGGAGUUGUUGGACUGGAGGAACUUGGGCAAGUUCUAUUCAUCGGCAAGAUCUUUGGCACUGGAGAGAGCAUUCCCUCCAAGUGUAUUAUCAUCAUCUCCUACGUCAUCCUCACCAAUAUCAAUGUUGACAGAGAGUAUGAGACAAACAAAGAUUGUGUCAUCCUCUCCCUUGGUACAAUCAACAACCUCAACAUUGCCAUCCAAGGCCAACGUGGCAUCUCCUCCACCAUCAUCAACAACAACAACAUCAUUUGUUGUUAACUCCACAACUCCAAAGACAACAUCAACAACAGCAUCAACCAAACAGGUACCAACUACUACAGGCAAUCCAAUAUCAGUGCGCCAGACAAUUUCCAAAUCAAACGGAACA